UACGUCAGACCUUUGGCAACCCUGUUCAGUGAACUUGAAUUUAGUUAUUUUUGUGUGCUGUGCGCCGAUAAACCAAAUUGUGGUGAAAUAUCCGUCUCGAAACGUGACAGUUAGUGAAGCAACCGAAUUGAAGAAUGGGCAACAACAUGUCCCAGGGAGCCACAGCUCCAAGUGUUUCGGCUGCUCAGCCGGUGGCCACCGCAUCCGCAGCCGUUCCAGCUGCCGGCGAGAAGCCCAAGACCUGCAAGGCCUGUUGCGCCUGUCCGGAGACCAAAAGGGCACGUGACGCCUGCAUUGUGGAGAACGGUGAGGAGAACUGUUCCGCGCUGAUCGAGGCGCACAAGAAGUGCAUGCGCGAUGCCGGUUUCAACAUAUAAUUAACCUGGCAAAUCCCGGAUGAGACUCAGGGACUAGGCUGCUAGUCCUGCAGAUUCCCAGUGCCAGGUCCCAGUUCCCCGGAUACCCUCUCCACAUCCACUGUUUGUUUUUGUUGCAUCUCAAGCUAAUUAUAGAACUAAAUUAAUUGAAAAUCAA